UCACAAUCACAAAGCAAAUAUUGAUCAAAUGCAUGUUUUCCCAUGAGGACUAAUUUCUCUACACCUCAACUUUUUUCAGCUAAAUAGUACUUCUUGAGGCUUGGGAGGGCCACAACCUACUCUUCCACACACAACAAUACCAUCACCAUUCAUCACAAACCUCUUUUGUUUCCCUCCUUCUUGGCCUUUUUCUCUUUCAAAACGAUUCUUUAGAGUCCAUUCCUAUACAUAUUUGACUUCAAAAACACACCAAGACUAGUUGUUUUGGAAAAUGGAGAUGAAGUUUAGUCCAAAUGAUCUUCACUUAGCCUCCUCUAACAUGAAGAGGGGUAACCAGAAAGACCAACACGACGAGCUGGAAACUUCACAACAUGAAGAAAAUGAUAUUUCAUCACCUCUCAAUAUGCGUAACUUGUCCAAGAUCAUCCUUCCUCCAUUGGGUGCUUCUAGUUAUAAUCAAAAUCAAAUAAAGUCAAAAGGGCGGAUUAUUUCGCCAAUGGAUUCAAGAUAUAGGAUUUGGGAGGCAUUUAUGGUGCUUUUGGUUGCUUACUCAGCAUGGGUUUACCCAUUUGAGGUUGCAUUUCUCAAUUUCUAUCCCGAGAGAGGACUGUGGAUUGCAGACAAUAUUGUCGAUCUAUUUUUUGGGGUUGAUAUUGUCUUGACAUUUUUCGUUGCAUAUAUUGAUUCAAGAACUCAGCUUCUAGUUCGUGACUCUGGAAAGAUUGCCAAGAGGUAUCUAUCAACAUGGUUCUUGAUGGAUGUGGCAUCAACAGUCCCAUUUGAGUUAGUGGGAUACCUAAUCACAGGCAACAGAGAAAUGGGUCUCUCUUAUUCACUCUUGGGCAUGCUAAGAUUUUGGAGACUCCGACGAGUUAAGCAACUCUUCACCAGGCUUGAGAAGGACAUCAGGUUCAGUUAUUUCUGGGUCCGAUGUGCUAGGCUACUAUCUGUGACACUAUUUACGAUGCACUGUGCUGGGUGUUUCUACUACAAGCUAGCUGACAUGUACCCUCACAAAGGAAAGACAUGGAUUGGAGUUCUGAACCCAAAUUUUAAAGAAACAAGCCUUUGGAUACGAUACAUUUCAGCCAUGUAUUGGUCCAUUACCACCAUGACCACAGUUGGCUAUGGAGACCUCCAUGCACAAAACACUGUGGAAAUGGUCUUUAUUAUUUUCUACAUGCUUUUCAACCUUGGCCUAACAGCUUACAUAAUUGGUAACAUGACAAAUUUAGUGGUUGAAGGAACUCGUCGUACUAUGGAAUUUAGAAAUAGCAUUGAAGCAGCAUCAAAUUUUGGAUGCCGAAAUCGUUUGCCUGCAAAGUUAAAAGUACAAAUACUGGCUUAUAUGUGCUUGAGGUUUAAGGCUGAGAGCCUAAACCAGCAACACCUACUUGGACAGCUACCACAAUCUAUCUGCAAAAACAUUUUCCAGCAUUUAUUUUUGCCUACCGUGGAGAAGGUCUAUCUCUUUAAGGGCAUCUCCAAGGAAAACUUGUUGAACAUGGUUGCCAAAAUGAAAGCUGAGUACAUACCACCUAGAGAGGAUGUUAUAAUGCAAAAUGAAGCACCAGAUGAUGUUUACAUAAUUGUAUCAGGUGAAGUUGAAAUUAUCAAUUGUGAGAAUGACAAAGAAGAAGUGGUUGGGACUUUGCAUUCUGGAGACAUGUUUGGAGAAGUUGGUGCACUUUAUUGUAGACCUCAAAGCCAUACAUAUCGAACCAAGACACUUUCACAACUCUUGAGUCUCAAAACCUCUGCUCUAUUAGAUACAACCCAUACUAAACUAGAAGACUAUAAGAGAAUGUUGAAGAACAUCCUUCAGCAUCAAAAAAAACUAAAGGAUCUAAGUAUUGGAGAUUUGAAUGUGGACAAUGGGGAAGAAGAGGGUGACCCAAACAUGGAUUCCAACUUGUUGACAGUUGCUGAUACAGGCAAUGCUGCUUUUCUAGAUGAGCUUCUCAGGGCAAGGUUUGAUCCUGAUAUUGGAGAUUCUGAAGGAAGAACCCCAUUGCACAUAGCAGCAUCAAAAGGGCAUGAAGAUUGUGUUUUUGUACUCCUUAAGCAUGCAUGCAACGUACAUGUACGAGACAAUAAUGGCAACACUGCAUUAUGGGAUGCUAUAGCAUCGAAGCACAGUUCCAUAUUCCGAAUCCUCUACCAAUAUGCUGCUGUUCGUGAUCCAUACACUGCUGGUGAUCUUUUAUGCACUGCUGCAAAAAGAGAUAAUAUAACAGUGAUGGAGGAACUAUUGAAAGAAGGAAUAAGUGUGGACUCAAAGGAUCUCCAUGGGUACACUGCAAUUCAGAUUGCCAUGGCCAAAAAAAAUGUGGACAUGGUAAAUCUACUUAUGAUGAAUGGUGCAGACAUUAUUGAUGUCAAUUCAUAUGAGUUUCCUUCGACGACUCUAAACGAAAUGCUGCAAAAGAGAGAGGUUGGGCACCGGAUUGUUGUACAUGAUACCAUUCCAAAUGAAGUGCUUUUGGGGAGGCAUGAUGAAGGAGAGCAAAAUUGCAAAUGGAAAAAACCCAGUGGACCUAUUUGUACUCCAAGGGUGAGCAUUUAUAGAGGCAAUCCAGUUGUGAGGAGAGAAACUUGUUGCAUGGAAUCUGGGAGGUUAAUUAAGUUGCCAGAUUCACUAGAGCAGCUCAAGACCAUUGCAGGUCAAAAGUUUGGGUUUGAUGCAAGAAAUGCUUUGGUAAUGGAUGGAGAAGGAGCAGAAAUCGAUUCUAUUGAAGUGAUUAGAGAUAAUGAUAAACUUUUCAUAGUUGAAGAUUCAAAUUCCCCAAUGUAAUCAGAAUUUUUAAGCACUAAUAAUGUAGAUUAGUUUACAAAUGCUUGUCAAGAAUAUUCCAUCAUUCACUUCCAGAAAGAAAGCUCUUUCUUGAAGAAACGUGUAUAUUUUGGUGGAAUCACAUAGUCAAUGGAAACAUCUUUUGCUUUCCUUUUUUUUA